GUCUUUGUGGAGGACAGAGGGGAGAGGGUGAGAAAUAGAGAGAGAGAGAGAUUCACAUACUGUAGGUACGGGCGAUACGACCACAACAAGACGGGCGAGCUGAGAAAAGGGUGGCAGAAAGGAAAGUGAAGAGAGGAAACAGAUUGACAAGGAAAAAUCUGCAGUUUAAGCACUCUGGUGUACAAGUAUAUAAAUCUGGAUGGUUUGGGGUGCCUGCAUUGGAUUUUAUCCUAGCUGAGCCGACCAGGUUCAUCCUGCGGAUACACCGCUGGACGUUACGCGUGUGCAUCUCACGUGGUCUCGCUCCCAUCAGGGAGGUGUGCCGCACGGACCGACGAACGUGCGUGUUUGCGGGCGUGCGUAUGUCUCUCGCCGUGUGAUUUCCCCAUAUGUCCUUAUUUUUGUGGAUGUGUGCGCAUCAGGGCCCAGUAUAUGGAUAGAAGCUCUCUGUUUCAGCUCAUACAAGAGCAGCUGGACCCAGAGCAGACUGGUUUUAUAGCAGUGGAAAAUUUCACCAGUCUAGCUGAGCAUCAUGAGAUACAGUUGGACCCCAGUAAACUGGAGAUGCUGCUCGCCCUGGUACAGAGCAAUGAACACGGACACGUCUGCUACCAGGAACUCAUCGAACUGUUGAGCAGUAAACGUUCCAGUAGUUUUCGCCGAGCCAUCGCAAAUGGGCGUCGCACGCUUCAGCGAGAGAUCCUAUUGGACGAGACGGGGCUGGGCGUGUACAAGCGCUUUGUGCGCUACGUGGCUUAUGAGAUUCUGCCAUGCGAGACAGACCGGCGAUGGUACUUUCAUCAGAACCGACUGUGUCCUCCACCUGUGUUCAUGGCCAUCAUCACUAUCAUACAGAUUAUUGUGUUCAUGUGUUAUGGCGUGAUGUUAAAUAAAUGGGUGUUGCAAACAUACCAGCCGGAUUUUAUGAAGAGCCCACUGGUGUAUCACCCCGGUCACCGGGCGCAGAUCUGGAGGUUCUUCAGCUAUAUGUUCAUGCACGUUGGGUUGGAGCAGUUGGGUUUUAAUGCUCUUCUACAGCUGAUGAUUGGAGUUCCUCUAGAGAUGGUUCAUGGUAUCUUGAGGAUCAGUCUGUUGUACAUGGCAGGAGUCGUCGCUGGUUCAUUGACGGUGUCCAUCACGGAUAUGCGGGCUCCGGUGGUGGGCGGGUCCGGAGGGGUCUACGCGCUCUGUUCGGCACAUCUCGCUAACGUUGUCAUGAACUGGGCAGGUAUGAAGUGUCCAUACAAGCUGCUCCGGAUGAUUCUUGCACUGGUUUGCAUGAGUUCAGAAGUGGGCCGUGCCGUAUGGUUACGUUUCUCACCGCCCCUCCCCUCCUCCGGACCCCAGCCCAGUUUCAUGGCUCAUCUGUCCGGCGCCGUGGUGGGAAUCAGCAUGGGUCUGCUCAUCCUGCGCAGCUACGAGGAAUCCCUGCAUAAACAGUGUUCCUGGUGGGUUCUCAUCCUCUCCUUCAUCACCUUCCUCCUCUUCGCCAUCUUCUGGAACAUUUUCGCUUACGAGCUGCUCGGGGUACAAAUCCCGCCCCCUCCCUGAUGACACGCCCCGUGGCUGUGAAAGGCCACGCCCCCAGACCUCCGAUAACAGUCUGGUACAGGUUCGAGCUCAGUCCACUCCGCUCGACCAGCAGCGGAAGAACGGAGGAACGUUGCGAAGCAUAUUCACAUUCCAUACUGACACAGUGAACAUAUAUGGUGUGGUAUUUUUUAUGAACACUCCGAGGCAGCUGAAGGGUCCCGUGAGCUUAUUCGAAUGGACUGUCAGUGUAUCAUAUAACAAACACACACACACAAAACAUUAAAUUAGUUUUCUUCUCUGCGUGUGAAUUCAGCCCGAGGCUUGUUCACGACGCCUUUCUAUAUUGUUUUGAUGUGACAGCCUCAUCUAAGCCUGUUACGCGUUACAGAUACGAUCAGUAAUAGAUGAAAUAGCUUCAGUCGAAGUGAGAAAAGCAAAACCUUACGCCCAUAGAGGUAUAAGAGGUUGAUGAAGUUAUUUCGUAGUGUUUGUUGAUGAUCACAUUAACGGUGUCUAUUCAGUUUAACAACAAAGUAGAAAAUUAUACGAUACAAAAUUAUCUUCUAGAUCACGGUCUGAUAUUGAAAACUUUUUCUUUGACUUACUGUGAUGCCACAGCCGAGAGGACAGAAACAUGAGCUAUUUUCCGAAAGUUAAUGAUCUUUACGACGGAUGUUCUGCCAAAAUAACACAUCAGCAAGUCUGUUUAGUUGAAAUGCGAUGAAUUAAGUGAAAAAUCCAACCAAGAUAGCGCUGUUACGCUGCCUAAGAAAAAAGUCAAUUUGGGGAAGUCGCGCCAGUAGGCGGCCAUAUUUGCAAUGCCUCUGUUCAGUCAUGCAAGACUAAAGUCCUGUCUACUUGAAUGGAGAAAGACAGAUAUCUCUAAAAUCGCAAUUAAACAACAUAUUUCUCACCAACAAUUAAACCUGACAAUAACGACACCAAAACGUUCGCUUCUUAGCUCAAAUUGCGCUAAAACACUUUUUUUCAAGGUCGUUUCAGCGCCUCACAUGACUAUACAGAGCUCCUCCCCCACAGUCUUUAUCGAUUGAUGAUUGGUUAAUUUAACUGGAAGGUUGGGCUUACGUUGCCAUUUUAAGCGUUGCGUUGUCCCCUAUUCAUAAUAAAAGCAGUGCUCAAUCUUGUUAUAUCCAAUAUCCUUGCUAAGAAGGAAGCUGACAGUGACUGGGUUUCCAUCGAAACAUGAAGCGAAUCUUUUAAAAUGCGCAAAAAAAGAAAAACAGACAAAUGCUAAUUAGGUGCAUUUCCAUCAAGUUGUUCAAGCGAAUUACGGUGGUAUUGGUAACCAACAGUAAAUAAAACAAGACAUGCUUAGAAAAUGGAGACAGGACUGCGUUUAGUUACGAUUUGGCAAGUUAUACAUUUACUAGCAGUGUAGAUUGUAAUUGCCAAACUGAAUGAUGUGUACAGAAAAAGGAAUCCAGAAUUUUUGAUGCAGGCACUAGCAGCAAGGGCAUUGACAACUUCAACGGAAACAGCUAGACGAUCAGUCACGUGGGUUUUAAUGUUCGCUACGUCAGAAUUUUCUCGGCAAAUGCGUUUCCAUCUCCCAUUAUUCGCAUAUCCUCUAUAAACUUUUUUGCGAAAAUUAUGAGAUUUUUAUUCAAAAUUUGACGUUUUUUAUGCGAUACUUCAAAAUAAGUGUGAUGGAAAUCCCCCAAGUGUUGUUAUGGUCUCUUAUCAUGACAUUACAUUGACAUUUAUGCAUUUGGCCGACGUUUUACAAGGUAUACAUAUUAGCAGUAUGAACGUUCUCUGGAAUCGAACCCACAACUUUUGCGGCGCUAACGCAAAUGUCUACAACUGAACAAAUUCUGCCUGACUGUAUUUUAGGCCAUUGGAGUGAGAAAUAAUGGUUAGGACUAAGAAUAUUUACCUCAUAUAAAGUCAAGAUAAACCAUCAAUUAUUGAUAAGCGUGCAAAACUUUGGAUAAGGAAGCUAUGGGGUAUUUUAUGAAAUCCCAUUAACGCUUACACAAAGCAAAUAAUUACACAAUUCUGUAGUGCCAAAAUAUCAUUCGCUAAGCUGCUAAAAUAAAUUAAACCGAAUUUGCCGAAGGAAGCAUUUAUAUAAGAUUACUAUCUUAUCGCUUUGAGUUUCUUUUCAUUUUCGAAAAGCACGACCGUGUGUUUGGUUGAUGUCUCUGAUGUUGUGUAUUUUUUAAUGCCAUAGGUCUAUAUUUAUAUUUAUUCAGAGUGGUUGUCCUUGUGGGAUCGUGGCGUUUGUAAAGCUUUUCUCAAACCAAAACGCCCUUGAAAACAGAAAGUGCGAACAGAUAAAACAAAUGUUUAAUGAAAAAAUUCACAUCGGUUGUGCUCUGCCCGAAGGUCCGGAUUAUGUAACGUGUUUGAGGAAGUGGUUCCCAACCUUCAAGAUCAAACACAGAUGCAGAAGAUGUUUCACUCAUAAUUUAAUAUAAAAAAUGUUUUAUAAAACUCACAUGCUAGCUAUGCCAAGAUAAGGUAGUUAAAAUAUAAAAGGGAGUAUAGUUAUAUGCUAAAGGGUCGGGGGUCGGAUAUAAGAGUCUUAUAUGUACAUUAGGGGGCCCAUUAAGAAUAAAGGUUGGGAACCACUGUAUACCAAACUCAGCAUGAAACAACAUGUGACCCAUUUUACUUUCAAAAUGAACAUUUCUGAGUGCCGCAAGAUAUUCAACAAUGAAAAAAAGAAUUGAUUUCAAUAAUCAGAAACGGAUAGGUUUGUGAAUGUUGGACAUUAUACAGCAAAAAAGCGCAAUGCAGUGAUGAAUUAUAUGUAAUAAAGCCAGAAAGUAAUAGGGGUUAAUCUUGAUUUCAUGUUGGCUUUAAAGGUGCACUGUGUAGAUUUUAGCGGCAUCUAUUGGUGAGAUUGCGAAUUGCAACGAAUGGCUCAGUCCACCGCUGACCCCUUCCUUUAAAAGCACAUGGAGAAGCUACAAUAGCCGCCACAAGACAAACAUGUCAUCGUCCGAGAUAACAUAGUGAUAAAAUGCGUUUUGUAAAAGCAGUUUGUCCAUUUAUGACUGUAGAAACAUGGUGGUACAAAAUGACGACUUCCAUGUGGGGGACCCACGGUGUGUGUAGAUAAAAUGGCUCAUUCUAAUGUUGCGUACACACCAAACGCAAAGAUUACUCGCGGGAUUUAACUUUGUGUCAUGCAAAUUUUUCCCUUGACGAAGAUGUGUUUAAGGUGAAUAGCGUGUGUUUUCGCGGCAAUCGCGACGCCUAAUUCGCUUUGUCCGCGCAAAUUCGCAUCUAUUCGCGUCUUUGCAUUGACUUUGUAUGUAAUCUACUCGCGCAUAUUGUUGAAUUCACGUUUGGUAUGUA